GAAUACUGCUUUGGGGCACGCCAGGUGGAGUAUAAAAAGCCUCAUCCAGCCCCAAUAGACACACAAGUUCUUGAGCUUCUCCGGCAACAACAAGUUCACCAAACCUUCAAAACAAACAAUGGCUUCUAAACUGAUUUUGGUCACUCUUUGCUUGGCUGCCGUCAUUGCUGCCGCUUCGGCUCGUCCCCGAUUCUUGGCCAUCCCAAUUGAAGACAUCCAGUUCGUCAACGGACCGUCUUCUUUCAACCCCGCUCACCAUCGUGUCGCCCGCCAGGCCAAUACUGAUCAUCGCGAACCCGAGCAUGCCGCAUCAUCCAGCUACCCCAGCGGAGGCAGUGACGCUGUUGACUACGGAGCGUACACUGGCGGAUACGGAGCUUUCGGCUGGUACUCUGACCACCCCGUCGGCAACUAUGGUGCCAGCUAUUAAACGAUGAAGACGAUAGCAGAGACCUGAUUCUCCACCGAACCAUGACGAAAAACCGCCGUCCGACAACCAGCUCAUUCGUUAUUUAACAAAGCCAGUUGUUCGAAGACUUAUGUACUUGAUAUUUUUCAAGCGUUGUGACAUUUGACUGCUGCGCAGUUCUUUGUCUAACCAUUUUUCAUAGUGUUAUGUAUUUGCCUGCCUGCAAUCACCAUCUACUAGCGGAAAAAUACAACCCAUUUCCUUGCACAAACAA